GUUGUGGCUGUGUGUGCGCGAAGGAAAAUUCCAGCAUUUUGCAGUGCGUUGGAGGGAAUAAAUAAAUUCCAUAAUAAUACCACCGUUUCGCCACUGACUUCAUUCGCCCACUCGAGCGGCCGUCGAAGGUGCGCAUGAACGCACAUCCUGGUGAAUGUGGCUAGUGUGUAGUUCUGGGUAGAACUAACUCCCCCAAAAAAGGGAUCCUUUCGGAAAUUCCGUCAGUGUAAAGUUCGGUGUCCAUCAUCAGCUGAUAUGGAGAUUGUGACAGCGAAGCAAUGUGAGGUUUUGUUUACCUGCAGCAGCAAGGAUAAGAGAAUUUGGUGAUCAGAUUGCGUGAAACGGCAUGGCACAUACACACAUACACUGCGUCUGAUGCACCAUUUAAGUGCAUCAAUCGUGAGCUCAUCGUGCAGGUUGGUUUGAUUUCCGUUCAAGACGUCAGCGCAUUACCGCACUUGACCCGUCGUGGGAGGGGGUGGCAACACAACACAACACAAAACACCCGACACAAGUGCACGUGGGAGAGAGAGAGAGAGCGAGCGAGCGAGAGAGAACAGGUGGAGGAAGGAGUAGAUUGUGUGAAGUGUGCUGCUGUUUGUUCUGUUUUGCCCCAAACGUUGUGGUGGGGUGGUGUGUGUGUGGGUGGGUGAUCAGCAUUAGUCGGAUUCCUGCUGCAGGAAGAAGCCCACCAAGAAGGCCCCGCUACCACGUCGGAGGAGAGGCACUUAGUGCCUGAAGCGCACCGGGUGUUUGGCGUGAAAUUUGCGUAAAGUGUGGUUAGUUCUCGGGAAGGAGGGUGGCAUUGAAAGGUACCGAGCGAAGUAGGAAACGGUGAAGGAAGGAAACAGCUCAAGUGAUAAUUAUUGAUAGCGCGCAAAGUGGCCCCCGCUGCUGGGCUGUGCGAAGCUGGAAAUCGAAAGGGAAACGGAAUGAAACUGCUCGCGCAGAUAAUUCCCCUAAGGGUUGUGGUGCUGUAGUGUGAAGGAGAGGUAAAACAGAGGGGGGGCUUUUUAAAGUGCGAGCGUACGAGCGAGAUGCAAGAUAGGUAAAGAUUUGUUACGUAGUGAGAACACGACACGACGCGAGAAAGAAUAAGAGAAGGGGUGUGAGUGAGUGAGUGGUCAAGGGGUGGGUUGGUUGGUUGGUUGGGUGAGUGUUUCGUGCACAUGUUGUGCGUAUGUUGAGACAGCCCUGCACAAACACACAUUCAUACAUACAUCGCGCGCGAGAAAAUUUGUGUCCGUGUGAGUGUGUAUGUGUGUGACUACCCGAGCGAGAGAGAGCGAAAGAGGAUGCUGCGAAGAAUUCGCCAGCAAAGCAAGCAAAGCCCCAGCAGCAGCAUCAUCCCCAAGGCAACACCAGCAAGACAAGUGUGACAAGAAGUUGGCUGCUUCACAUCGCGGUCGCCGCCGCUGUCCGCAUUUGUGUGUUGAUCUCGAAGCGUUUGAUUCGCUGGGUCGUGUGUCGACGGCCGCUGCAGGCCGAAAAGGGGAGAGCGAAAGACCCGUGUGUGAGCGCCACACAACACCACAGUGUUGUCAAAGGUUUCGCCCAGUGUUGUUGGCCGCAAAAGUUCAGAGUGUAGGUUGUUGGUGUGGUGUGGUCUUUCCCUUCGCCUCCGUGGCGUUAUCGUUGUGUUGUUUGGUUGUUUGGCUGCUGUCAUUGGUACACUCCGAGAGUGGAAAAAGAGCAAUUUUUCACGAUGAAGUUUGGCGCUGAAUUUCCCGCCUAGCGGUUUCAAGAAAAGGACUUUUUUGGAAAAUGAUGUACUGGAUUCUUCAAAGUCUGAGAUAAGUGAGCGCAACGUGCUUGUGUGUCGUCUUAGUGCUGCAACGCUUCGACCAAGUGGUCACCGAUAGUGCAUUCUAAAUGCGCCUGCAUGGCAUAGAGACGACGACGGAGUGCCCGAACCGCGAGUGCCACACGUCAGCGUAACCGCGCUCAACAGCACAAAGAGGGGGAGCAGGGGGCACAGCAGGGCGCCCUUGAUCUUGACCCAGGAACAGAAACCUGUCCCCAGGUGGUCACACCAGGAAGGAGCUUUUCAAUAGCUGCACAGUCCAGCACGCGCCCUAGCCCUAGCUACUAGUAGUAGUGGGUGAUGCGGUAUCAUUAGUUCUAGCGGAUUUGCGGAGUAGUGUAGCGCACUAGUACUUACACACCAACCUGUGCCAUAAAGAAGAGCAAGAAAGACAACACUUUUAUCCGGUGGAGAAGAGAGAGAGAUAGAGAGAGAGAGGAGACAGUACGCAACCUCUUCUCCACAACCAGAACCAGUGUCGGGAAGCGUUCAGUUACGGCCGAACCGCCGGACGUCUAGAUAGCGAACAGGAAGCAGCCAGAAUAGCCGGCCCAGAGCAACACACUCACGAUGGGACGGAAAAAGAUACAGAUUUCCAGGAUAACGGACGAACGGAACCGGCAGGUGACGUUCAACAAGCGCAAGUUUGGCGUGAUGAAGAAGGCGUACGAGCUGUCGGUGCUGUGCGACUGCGAGAUUGCGCUGAUCAUCUUCAGCAGCAGCAACAAGCUGUACCAGUACGCCAGCACGGACAUGGACAAGGUGCUGCUGAAGUACACCGAGUACAACGAGCCGCACGAGUCGCUGACGAACAAGAACAUUAUUGAGAAAGAAAACAAAAACGGCACGAUGUCGCCGGACUCGCCGGAACCGGAGGACAGCUACACGCUCACGCCCCGCACCGAGGCCAAGUACAACAAGAUCGACGAGGACUUUCAGAUCAUGAUGCAGCGCAACCAGCAGCUGACGGCGGGCGGCGCCCGGCCCAACAUGGCGACGAACAGCUACUCGCUGCCGGUGUCCGUGCCGGUGUCGGUGCCCGUGAUCGGCACGUACAACGACUCGAUGCUGCAGAGCAGCCCCCAGAUGGCACACAAUAGUAUUAGUCCACGGCCCUCCAGCUCCGAGACGGAUUCGGUGUAUCCCUCCGGCGGUAUAUUGGAAAUGUCAAACGGCUAUCCCCAUUCGGCAUCGCCCCUCGGUGGAUCUCCCAGUCCCGGUCCGAGUCCAGGUAUUGGCUCUCAUCAGGCGCAUAACAAUAACAAUAACUCCCAUAACACGCAUAACAAAAAGUUCCAUUUCGAUAAUGCAGUGCAAACGAUCAAGCAAAGCCCGUCGGGUGGCAGUGGCAGCUCCGGUUCGCGGUCGUUGCGGGUAGUGAUACCGGCCCCGAUGAAUCCGACCAUCACGGCAGAUGACAUUUCAUACGUGGAACACACGCGGCAACAGACGAAUUUAAACACGCCGGUCGUGGCACUGCAGACACCGAUACCGGGACUCACCAACUAUACCACCACGCUCGGCUCGUUCGGUGCGCAGGACUUUUCGCUCAACCCCGACAUCAUGAUCGGCCCGUGGAGUGCGGCAUCCAGUCACAGCCAAAACACGUCCGCGGCAGCCGCAGCCGCCGCCAUGGGCAGUCUCCAGCACUCGAGCGGUUUGCCCCAUCUAGCUGUGUCGAACAGUACGCCCCCGCCGUCGACUUCGCCACUGUCGGUGAAGAUUAAGGCGGAACCGAUCUCACCGCCCCGGGACCACCACAACACCUCCCACCAUCACGGUGGCGCGCCUGGUGGUGGCAGUAGCAGCGGGGCAAGCGGUUCGGCACCGGGCGCAAAUGGCGUCCAGUCGGCGAGCGGUGGCGGCGCGUCCUCCACGGCGACGGGUGUCAAUGCGAACAGCGGCAACAACAGUAACAACAAUGGAAGCGGCAACAGUCAGCAACAGAACGGCGCCCAGCAGCUGACCGCCAUGGGCAAUGUGGUUGUGACGGGAGGUGGAGGAGGUGGCGGCGGCGGCGGUGGUGCGGGGACGAGCUCACUAGGAGCGAACCUGAACCACUCCCAUCUGAUACAUUCGCGACCUUCCUCGACCGGCCAUCUAACGCCGACACCGGACUCUUAUAUGCCUAUCGGUGGGCACCUGGCAGGUUCCGUGACGCCAACGAACGCACCCUCCCCGGUGGACAUCCGGCAUCUCAGUACGGGCGGUAGCCAUCUGCCCGAGUACGACGCCCCCACCGCCCAGGCACAUAACGGCAAUCGUGGAGCGGACGGUUCGGCAUGCUACCUGGACGACAACUCAAACCACGUGGUGGUAAUAUCGGAUGCGGACGGUAGCAAUACCAGCGACGGCGGGAUGGGCAGCAGCAGUGUGGCCAACUUUACGCAUAAGCUUCACCAGCAUCUGCACGGUCACGGUGGCAGUGCGCACCAGUAUCAUCAUCAUCAUCAUCUGCAGCAGCAGCAACAGCUCCACCAUCAGCAGCAGCAACAACAACAUUCGUCCCAACUCUUGCAUCCCUUCUAUAAUCAACACCAUCAUCAUCAUCAUCAUCAUGUGCAGCAACAGCAUCAUCAGCAUCAUCAGCAGCAGCAGCAUCAUGCUGGAAGCAGCGGCAACAACAGUAACCAUGGCUACUCGAGUCAGCCCACGUCACCAUAUCACAACCACAACAGCAACAGCAGCGAGCCGAAGCAUCUGCAGGGAAGUCAUUCGCCCUCGCCGGGUGUAACGCCCGGUCCGUCCGGUUCCGUUGACGGGCAGUCGCAGGCAACAGCGAUGCAGCAGCACUACUGAGGUACGCCCGACCGACCUGAGGUGCACCACCGAGAGCUUAAGCCAACACCCGGCACACAGUGUCCACAGAAGACAUGAGAUAUUAUAGUUACUGAAGUCAAUGUUGAGGAGAAGUCAUUAUCGUUAAGAAGAAAGUAAAACAGAGGGAGAAAGAGAGAGAGGAGAGAGGUUACAGGAAUCGCUACACUUGCCCGUUGCUGCUCCUACGUUUGGGAAGAGAAGAGUAGAGCUAUCGAUGAUUGUAAAACGUCAAUUCAGGGGCUGAGAUUCAUUGGAUAGAAGAAUAGUAGAAAGCUGGCAAGAGAGCAUGGAAGGAUGCGUGGAUGCGGGAGAUGGAGCCGUGAAAAACCUCGCGAGAACGUUUAUCUCUCGCCAUACACGAUCCUUCAAACAAUUCCCUUACGAUUGUAUAAGUUUGAGUGUGCGUGUGUGUGUGUGGUUGUAUAUGUGUAUCUGUAUGUGAGGUUGUGGCCAUAUUGUAUGUUCUUCCCAGUGACACAUAUAAGAGGAAAGGCCGUGGCAACGAUUGGUUUCACUACCGCUCGCUCGCUCCAAAUGCUCAGCGAAUCUUCCAGCUUAUUGUGCGCGGCCACAGAGGACAGGCCCCGCUUCCCAACACCCACCAUCACCCCAGCGUUGCAUGUUGGAUCCUCUACUUUCUAUCUGGAUGUGACGGUGUUUGUUAGCUUUUCAAAAAUCUCAUCGUUCACCAGCCCUAUUCCGUGCGCGAGAUCGGUGUAGAUUGAUGUUGACUUAUGAGCAGUCGCAGUGGCCAGCAGGGAGAACGCAGGGUUACAAAUUGGCAUUAGUCCCGAGCCAAACAUAUCAAACAUAAUAUGAAGCUGUCAAACGAUUCAAAUUGGCCCCACUACUACUACUACUACUACGACAAUGAUCGUACAAAACUAGUAUAUAAAGCUGUGUGCUUCUGGUGUUGCCAAUUCUGAGGUAGAUGAGGGAGAAAAAAAACAACCAUGAGAUGGCAAGAAAAGUCUAUACAAAGUAUGGAAAAGGAUGAAAAGGGGAACACAAAACAAUAUAAAUACCUAAUGCUACAAUCAUCCAAGCUGUAAAUUGUAAAGUGAAAAGCAUAAAACGGUGAAGAGAAGAACCCAAAUAGCUAUUUCAAAACAGUUGAUUUGCUGCAAUUAGAGACAAGGAACAAAUAAGAGAGAAAAAACCCGUCUACGUAGUAGGAAAUAGGACUAGAUAUUUCAUGUAGUGCAAAAAAAGAAGAAGAAGAAGAAGAAGAAGAAGAAACCAAGGAGAAAACAAAACCAAGCGGUGUGCACAGCAGCAACCGAAAGCGAAGGAAGAGAGAGCAUGGUAGCAUAAAACGUACUAAAGCAAAGCAAAACAAAAGCGUAAAAAAAGAAAAAAAGAAGAAACCUAGUUUGUGUGCCAUUAAUAGGAUAACGUCUCUGUAUAUUUUACGAUAGCAAAAAAAAGGUGGAAAAGUGAGAAGAAGAACAAAAACACUGCAGCAUAGUACAGAAAGCAUAUUAUGCUGCAAAUUGCCGCCGGAUGAUGAUGAUGACAUGAUCGGAGACAUGUCGCAGGACAAAACAAUUUAGCCUUAGUAGUAAAACAAAACAAAAAAGUCAGUCAAAGCGUCGGCCAGGGAAGGAAGGAAGGAAGGCUGGAAAAGGGGUGGAGAGUAUUGCAGGCCACUCAUAUACACACAUUGUCUGUGUCCGCCGGUAGAUAUGUAAUACCGUUUUCUGUGUAUGUUGUGUAGCUUAUGAUUUUUUGUUUUCAUUGUUCGUUAGCUAUGUUCUUUUCCUUCCUUCGUUUGCUUACUUCCCUCCCCCGGUUUCAUCCUUUUAGUUUUGUGUACGGUUUGUUCUUUUUUUGUUUUAAAAACUCGUGUAGGUACUAUUUUCUUAUUGUUUAGGAAAAACAUGCAAAAACACACUACAGACAUACACCAUUGUCCCUCAGACGAUCAGACAUCAAACAAACAAAAAAAGCAUCCAGAUCAGGGGGUUUCGGUAUGGGAUGCGUUUCGCUGCUUAGGCAAAACGGCAAGCGGAACGAAACGCGUUGAAACGACGCAACACACGCCCCGGUGCAAGAUAGUUUUGUAAGUUUUUGAAUUUGUUUUAUUUGUUUUACCGCUUUCACGUUCAAACGUACGUGUGAACGCAUUGUGUCGCCGUAUUCGCUAGCGGAAACCGCCAGUGCGUGCAAUAGUAGAAUCCCUUUUAGUAGGCAGUAGUACAAGUAGUAGUAGCCUAGUUGGCUAUAGUGUGUAGUAUGAAGGGUAGUACAAGUACUACCGGAGAGAGUUGGAUAAGUUAAUUGGGGUUUUUUGGGGGAGACACGGUGAAGCAGCCGGACGGGGUGAGAUCAGCUUAGGUUUAGGCUAGUGCUACAAAGAAUGAUAUUUAUUUGAUCUAUUACUCUAUUAACUACUACCGUGUAACAACAAAGUGUUAGGGGGGCUACACCCGUGUUUGCCAA